AAUUUUUGUUGCCACGACAACAAAUAUACUAUUGUUUUAGUUUUAGAUUAUAGUAAUAUUAAGUUUGAUCAAUAUAUUAGAAACUUUCACAGAAUGUUAAAGAAAAUAAAAAAGAAUAGUACCAUUUGCCUACAAACUUGUAAGUAUGAUAUAGUUAAUUUUGUAGCAAAAUCAUUGGGUAUGAAAGAAAUGGAUCAUAACAAACCUUGGGAUAUAUGUUGGACGGAUUCAUUAAUAAGUGUUGAAAAGGUUAAAGAUAUGAAAAAAUAUCAGAAAAUUAAUCAUUUUCCAGGAGUUGUUGAAAUUUGUCGGAAAGAUUUAUUAGCUUCUAAUCUCAAUAGAAUGAUUUUUGUAUUUCCGAAUGAAUAUGAUUUUUUUCCGAAGACAUGGUAUUUACCAAUCGAAUAUACUAAACUAAAAAAUUAUAUGAGUGAACAUAAAGGUUUAACUUACAUUCUAAAACCGGAUGUCGGUUCUAAAGGUGAAGGAAUUUACUUAACAAAAUCUUUGAAAAAAUUUGAUCGAUACGAAAAAUCUAUUUGUCAAGUUUAUAUUUCUAAACCUUUGUUAAUGGACGGAUAUAAAUUUGAUAUAAGAGUGUAUACUUUGAUAGCAUCAUGUGACCCACUCAGAAUUUAUGUAUACAAUGAUGGUUUAGUGAGAUUAGCGACUGAACAAUAUGAAAAACCAAGUGUUAGCAACUUAAAAAAUCGGUUUAUGCACUUGACAAAUUAUUCUGUAAAUAAACGAAGUACUAUAUUUGUUGACAAUGAACAUUAUGGAAGUAAACGGCGAAUAAAAACUCUAAAUGAGUGGCUAGAAGCUAAAGGUUACAAUGUGGGGAAAAUAUGGAAUAAUAUUGAUGAUAUUAUUAUCAAAACAAUUAUAAUAGCUUAUCCAUUUGUCAAAAGAAGUUAUGAAGCAUGUUUUCCAAAACAUGAAUACACAUCAGCAUGUUUCGAACUACUAGGUUUUGAUAUCCUUAUUGACGUUAAUUGCAAACCGUAUCUUUUAGAAGUUAAUCAUUCUCCAAGUUACCACACUGAAACAACUCUUGAUAAAAUAUUGAAACAAGAACUAUUAACAGAUACCUUUAAAUUAUUACAACUAGAUACAUCUAUAAAAAAAUUAGUUAUCGAAGAAGAAAAAUGGAAAGCUGAACAACGAAAAAUAAUCGGCGAUAAAACUGCCUACAACCAGCGAAUUUUGGAAUGUAAAAAAAUGUGUGAAGAAAAUAAAAGAUCUUGGGAAAUGAAAAAUAUGGGCAACUAUAGAUUGAUUUAUCCUGAAAAAGAUAGUAAUUUAUAUGAAAAAUUUUUUUAUCAAAACGAAAGUACUCUUUAUAAAAACACUCAUAGUUCAAAAUUAAGAUUAAAACCAUCAAUAAAUCAAAAGAUUGACAAAUCGAUAAGAAAAUAUAGUAAGUAUUCGUGUAAACAAAAAAACACCGAAAAUAAUCUCAAGAGUGAGAUAUUUUCAUCAUUUAACAGUAAUAAGUUCAUAUCUAAGAAUGAAGAUCGAUUUAAUGAAAAAACUACGAAUUUUUCCAGUGUGUUAAAAAGAUCUAAAAAUAAUAUAAAAUCAAUUUCCUCGCUUAUAAUUUAUAAUAAAAGAAAAGGCUAUUGGAAUUGUUGGGAUGACUUUAAUAUAAAUGUAGUCGAUGAAAAUGAAAGAUUAAUUAGUAUCAAAAAUAGAGACAAAAUUAUGUUUAAUUUUGGUAUAAAAGAACAUAUAUACAACGCUUUUAAAAAAUACAAUCUUCUGACAGAGAAUGAUGAAGUAAAUUAUGCCAAUUAUAAAAAAAAGAAAACUUUGCUGGAACCGAAUUCACGGACUUAUUUUUUUUAGAAAAUUAAUUUUAAAACUAAUUAUAACGUGGCCAAAAGUAAUAAACAAUUAGUAAAUAACAUUUGAUUUUCCAACAUUUAUGAUGUAAAUAAAUAUAUAUAUAUAUAGUUAAAGUGAUUUUAAUAAAAAAAAGAGUAAUUUUAUGAAAAAAAAACCCAGCUCAUGGGGGUCGUGGCACAGUGGUGCGCGGCAUAGUUAGGUCAAGUAUAAUAUCUGACAGUGAUUACAAUCACUAUUAUAAAAAAUGCUUUGAUGCAAAUUUGUAGUGUAUAAUUUAAAAAAAUUGGUGGAUUAUUCUAAAAUCUCUCCUAUUUUCUUAUUUAUAUCCUGUUUUAUGAUUUA